AUGGCAGUGGUGCCCCAAGGGGGUCCUGGAGGACCUCCAGCACCUACUGGCUGCGAGGUCCGUGCGGCCAACCCUCCCAAGGGUUUUGGCCUCUUCGCCUGUGCUCCCUGUCCGGCAUACUCCAACCUCUUCACUGAGGAGCCUCUGUUUGCCAUGCAACAUUCUGGCAAUCGUCGAGUGGUUGCAGCCUGUGCGCGCUGCUGUGGCUUUAUCCACUCUGUCAUCUUCGGUGAAAGCCGAUUUGCUCCAUUGCUGGCGGCACUUGGAGAUCUGCCCAGACGAUGGCAGGAAAGCGCCGGUGAAGGGCAAGCAACGGUGGUCCGAUGUGCGCAAGGCUGUGGUGAGCUGUACUGCUCUGAGGCGUGCAGAGAUGCGCACUUUCAGCAGUCUCACAACUUGCUUUGCGUGGGCCCAUUGACGGCUGAGGACCCGUUGCUGCGCUUCAAGUACCAUGCCUUGGAGCAUGCGGACACUUUACUUUUAGCAGCACAGGUCUUUGCGUAUCUCAUCAACCGAGCCAAAGCUGCCGGAGGAGGAGCAGAGGCCAAGACCGUGACCCAGAACUUGAUGCAGGAGCUCUUGUGCUUCUGUCACGCACCUUUCAGAGACGCGUGUCGGGCUCCACCGGGACGCGCCAAAGAUGCGGAAUUCUACGCACACACCGACGGUCUGGUGAAUGAAGCUGCAGCGUUGCUGAAAGCUGCCUUGGAGCCGCGUGCUCCCGCAGAGGUGGCUGCACUCUUCCAAGCUGGACCUGCCUUUUUUUCGGAGGUCUUGGGUCUCUUUGAAGCUUGGACCGGUUGGAAGGUUUCUUCGCCCUUGGGGCAGCUGUUACUCCAGCGGGCCAAAACACUUCUGGUCAUGGGUCCGGAGGCCCACCCAGAAUUGCUGCAAAUGGAAGCCUUGCUUCGAGAGAAGGAAUGGGUCAUGCGCUGUGUUUGGGGUGAGGAAACCACUGGCAUUUUCGAGGACGAGCUGGAGACCAAUGGCACCAAUGGACAGACAGAUAAUCUGAUGCAGGCCAUGGAGCAGGGCAAUGAUGAGCAGGUGGCGAACGCGGCCAUGGCGCAAGCCCGGGCGGAAGUGGCGCAGAUGUCGUUGGAAUCGUUGCUGAAGGGUGCCUGGCCAUCUAUGCAUGGCACGGCCUUGUUUGCAUCCGUGGCGCGCAUGAAUCACUCCUGCGCGCCAAAUGUCAAGGUCACUUUUCCCAAGAACUCCUCGCAGCUCCUGGCGACAUCAGUUUUGAAUGUUUCUCCUGGUGAUGAGCUUUGCCUUUGCUACAUCAACCAGGCUCCUGGAAUACGGCUUCACUUGCUGUUGCACCAGAUGCCUAGCAGAGGAUUCAGCUUCUCUGCGCAAAACACAAAAGCGAUUAAAGUGAUGUUGGCGCAGUCGCAGACAGGCCGAAAUCUCUUCGGUGCAGGCGGCGGCCAGGAAGUGGCGGGUGACAGCAUCUACGACUUCACGGUGCAAGACAUCGACGGACAAGAUGUGUCCUUGAACGAGUACAAUGGCAAGGUUGUGCUGAUUGUGAACGUGCUGGCCUUCCCUUGCAACCAGUUUGGUGGACAAGAGCCGGGCAGCAACGCUGAAGUGAAGGCGAUGAAACGAGAAGCUUUUGCACAAGACAAGUGCCCAGACACCUUCCCUCUCUUCUCCAAGAUCGAUGUCAACGGCGAAAAUGAGGCUCCUUUGUACAGCUUCCUCAAGGAUCGACAAGGGCAACCCGUGGCUCGUUUUGGGCCUCAAAGUUCUCCUUUGUCCUUUGAGGAGGAGAUUGUGAAGAUGUCUUUCCCCCUGGCACCCAGACUUCGACGUCGCCUCACCGACUUCGAAGUGACCAAAGAGGUCAUCGGAACUGGAUCCUUGUCCAACGUGCGGAGAUGUCGCGAAAAGACCAGUGGCAAGUGCUUUGCCCUGAAGGCCUUCGAUCGACAUAUCCUUCGCUCCAAUCACAAAGAGGCUGACGUGACCAUCGAGGAGCAUUGCCUCCGAAGAGCCAACCAUCCUGGCAUUGUGAAGCUGCAUUCGUCCUUCCGGGAUGAGGAAUUUCAUUACUUCACCUUGGACCUAUGCACAGGGGGAGAGUUGUGGACUUUAGUCCGCAACGUGGGAUGUGAAGAGAAUCUUGCCAGGCAUUACUUGGCCCAGAUCAUAGAGGUGAUUCAAUAUCUUCGCGAUGCUCAAAUUGUUCAUCGUGAUUUGAAGGCUGAGAAUGUGCUCAUCGGGCCUCGAGGCAAUGUGAAGCUCAUCGACUUUGGCAGCGCCAAAGAUUUGGCCAACCCCCAGGUGAAAGGCGCUGGCAUCCACAACUUCAAAACCGUGAUGCAGGACACGGUUGGCACUCCGUAUUUCAUGGCUCCAGAGGUUGUGAAGAACAAAGGGAGUGACUUUCGCUCUGACACCUGGUCCCUGGGUUGUGUGGUUUUCCAAGUCCUUACGGGACUCUUGCCUUUCUAUGGCGGGACCGUCUGCCGCGUCUACAAGAAGAUUUGCCAUUCUGACGGACCUCAGUUGGAUCUGCCGCAGCACUGGCUGUCGCCCGAUGCCACGGAUCUCAUCCGUCGCAUGGUGGUGAAGGAUCCGGAUGCGCGGCUGGGCUGCCGUGAUUUUCGAGAACUGGAGGAGCAUCCUUUCUUUGGCAUCCCCUUCGCAGGUUGGGACCUUUGGGCCUUUUUGUACCUUUCACCCACAACUUGA